AUGAAUGUAGAUGAAGAUAUGAUGGUUCAUCUUGCUUUGAAUUCACUGUCUAAGGAGUUUAAGUCUCUCAGAGAUACCUACAUUGCUCAAAAGGAAAGCUGGACACUGAAUGAUCUUAUCUACAUAUGUGUUCAACAAGAACACAAUAUAAUAAGAGAAAGAGAUGCGAAAAUGGUGAAUCUAGUGCAGUCCAAGCAAAAUAAGGAAUAUAGGAACAAAGGCACUACUGCUGGAAAAGAGAAAGAAAAGGAAAGGAUAAUAACAAUCCAAAUGCUCUGA